AGAAAUUCCUUUGAAAUGUAACCAGGUUUGAAGCAAUUAUUCUUGAGAACUAAUGGCCUUAUUUCAAUAAAGCCAAAAAUCAGAAUCACUGACAAUUACACACUCUCUCUUGUGUAUUCACCUGGAGUGGGAUACAUUUGCCAAGUGAUUCAAAAGAAUCCAGAUCUAUUAUAUGAUCUUACCAUUACAGGCAAUUCUGUUGCUCUUUUAUCAGAUGGAUCAAGUACAUAUUCUAUCUUAUUUUAGGAUCUUAAAUCAAAAAACCUUCCUGGAUGAUUCCAAAUUUAGAAGCCAUCAGUGCAUUAUACAAAGCCUUUUAUGACAUCGAUGCCUACCCUGUAAUUUUGGAUAAGGAAAUCAUGAAUGGUGCAGAUGACUAUUUGCUCAUCAUAGAUAAUCUAUCUACAACAUAUAAAGUAUUAUCCCUUCUAUUUUUAGACAAUAGUAUUGGUGGAUAUUGAAGAAAAAUUGACCCAAGAGCUUUUGCAGAAGUUGGAAAAUGCCAAAAUUGAUUGUACAGUCGUUAUUAGUAACACUCAUUCAUUGGUUGAGUAAUUGAAAGAUGCUGCUCUUAUCAAAAGUGCCCUUGAUUCUCGUUCUAUUUUAAAACCGUCUCUAAUUGAACAAAUUAGACUUAAACUCAAAGGAAUAGAUUUCUCACAAUUACCAAACUUCUUAACAGCUACACUAAGCUCUGCCUAUGCUGUUAGUUUGAAUGAUAUCCAUCGAAAUGGAUUAUUUCAUCAUACUGUAAAGAAUAUCACUCCAUCCCAAUUCAUAUCCAAACUAAAUGAUUUGUAUCUGUAUGGGGAGAUUGCAUACUACAACAGAUGGACACCCAAAUAAUUCUUAUAAAACAAUGACAUUAAUUAGAAUUCACUGGAAUUACAUAAAAGAUACAAUGGUGUUAUUACUAUUGCUUUGAAAUUUAAUCCAAGAUCCCUAGAAGACCUAUACAGAAUCUAUGAGCUAUCUUAUAGGAAUAAUGAUAUCUUAGAGAUCCAAAAACUAUUUGAAGCUGAUCCCAAGAAAAUCCGUGAAGUCACUCUAAAAAAGAAUUAUGCCGCUAUAGUCACAAAUGGAACUGCCAUUCUUGGCCUUGGUAAUAUUGGACCUGCUGCUGGAUCCCCAGUGAUGGAAGGCAAAUCUGUUUUAUUCAAUGCUUUGGGUGGAAUUGAUCUGAUGCCCAUCUGUUUCAAGGAAAGAGACCCUCAUAAAUUGGUGUAACUUAUAAGAUAGUACAUAUAUACACAAUUAUAAUUUAGCAUUGCGCCAAUCUUUUCAGCAAUUAAUCUAGAAGAUCUGAGAGCUCCUGAUUGUUUCCCCAUCGAAGAAGAAGCCAUCCAUAGCAUUCAUAUUCCUUUGAUGCAUGAUGAUUAGCAUGGUACUGCUGUUGUGAGUUUGGCCGCACUCAUCAAUUACUUGAAAUUAACAAAAAAAAAUGUAAAGGAUCUGAAAUUGGUUAUCAAUGGAGCAGGGUAUUCUAUUAAAUUUAUUCGUAGUGCUGCAGGUGUUGCCAUAUGUAAAUUACUACAUGGUCAUGGUGUAGAGGACAUUCUCAUUUGCGAUACUGAAGGUAUUAUCUAUGAAGGAAGACCAAAGAACAUGAAUUCAUUUAAAAAUGAUCUCGCCAAAUUUACGAAUAAAAAUAAAAUAGCUGGUAAAUUGGAAGAGGCUGUCAAAGGCAGAGAUUUGUUUGUCGGAGUCUCCAGUGCUGUAUCAAAUACUAUUUAUUGUUAUUUUAGGGAGCAUUAACAUAAGACAUGGUGCGCAAUAUGAAUAAGGAUCCCUUUAUUCUUGCAUUAGCAAAUCCUCUUCCAGAGAUAAUGCCAGAUGAUGCUAUUCAAGCAGGAGCCUUUAUUGUAGCUACUGGAAGAUCUGAUUUUAACAAUUAAGUGAACAACUCUUUGGCAUUCCCAGGAAUAUUUAGAGGAGCUAUUGAUACCAAAGCCAAAGAAAUCAAUUUACAAAUGAAGGUAUCUUAUACCAUUUAAUUUGAAAGAUUGCUGCAGCAUAUGCAAUAGCAAAUAGUAUCAAAGAGAGUGAACUAUCGCCAACCAGAAUAUUGCCAGGAGCAUUGACUGCUGAGAUUCCAGCAAAUGUUGCUAGGGCAGUUGCAAUUGCAGCUAUGGAAAGUGGCGUUGCACAAGUCAAAGUAGAUCCAGAGGAGGUUUUCGAUAAUACAAGAAAAUUGAUUAUGGAGGGAAGCAUACCAACAUUAUGACGAUGAUUGUUAUAAAUA